AUGUGCUGGUACGAAGAGAUCGAAGAACCCUCAUCAUCCGUCCGGAUCAUUCAGCGCCGUCGCGUCUACCGCGAACUCCCAUCUACUCCCACAUAUUAUUACUCUUACAAUUCACCGUGCUACCGUCUUGUCACGCGCUCGCCGUCACCAUCGCCGCGCUAUUCACGCUCGUCAUAUACGACAAUCACUCGCACCCGGCGCCAUACUCGUUCGUUUGAAGUGAUCCCUGAACGGAACCGCUCACUCUCCAUACGCUCCGCCAAGAAAGAUGGCAAGGACAAAUCCAGCAACCGCCAUCGCUUCUCCAUGACCACUCUGCGCGGCUACCAACAGCCUGAACUCAGUAAGAAGCUCUACAGAAUCAUCAAAAACGAAAAUUCCGUCAUCGGCGCUUACGAGUCUGCCGGCCGCGAGCGAGUCUCCAUUGCGUCUCAGCUCUCGGACUGGGGCGAAGCUACCGGCGACGAAAGCGUGUCUGAUAUCUCAGAUAAGCUAGGUGUGCUUUUAUCCGAGAUUGGAGAACAAGAGGAUAUUUUUGCGCAGAACUUGGAGGAAUAUCGUGGCGUAUUGAAGCAGAUUCGGAAUACGGAGAGUUCGGUGCAGCCGUCGAGGGAUUCACGAAACAAGAUUUCGGACGAGAUUCAGAAGCUGAAGUACAAGGAUCCCUCCAAUACAAAGCUUGUUACCUUGGAGCAAGAGCUUGUUAGAGCUGAGGCGCAGAAUUUGGUUGCUGAGGCGCAGCUGUCGAAUGUGACACGACAAAAAGUCAAAGAAGCAUUUGACGUCCAUACAGCCGCUAUUAUCGAACGCGCCGAGAAGCAAAUCAUUCUCGCCCAGCAUGCACGCCGCCUAGUCAAUCUCCUUGAUGACACACCCAUCGUUCCGGGAGAUGCCGUCAAACCUUAUGAGCAAAGUACCGCAGCGCGAGACAUUCUCAACGAUGCCGAAGGCGAUUUGCGCGCUUGGGAACCGUCCAUUUACCCUAUCACGUCCAAUGCAAGUGAAAUAGGUCAGAACUUGGUACCGAAACCAGAGGCUGUAGCCGCAGGUCAACAACCAGAGGUAGCCCCAGUCGCGGACGGAGUUGGAGCCACAGAAACUGAAGCUCGUCCUGCUGUUGAGCCUGAAGCUCUUGGGAACAGAGAGUCUGUUGCCACCGAUCCCAACGAGUCGGCUACUAUUGCAACAGCAUAG